AUGGUUCCUUCUUCGGAGUUAAAGAAGGAGAAUCUAAUUAUUUCGGAUGGGAGCUACUAUGCGAAACCAAUUUUUGUUUCAGAACAUGAGCUAAGGUCGAAAAGAUAUGAUAGCAGUCACAGGGGUCCAGUAACAGCGGUUAAAUUCAGUCCGGACGGUAGAUAUGUAGCUUCAAGUUCAGCAGACCGAACAAUUAAGAUUUGGAAUGUUUUAGAUGGCUCUCUUAUGAAUACUUUAGAGGGACAUAUUCAAGGAGUCUCUGAUAUCUCAUGGGAGCCGGGUUCAGAAAUAGUGGCAUCGGCGUCAGAUGAUAAGACUGUAAGGAUAUGGGACAUAUUUUCUGGCAAGGCGCUGCGCAUCCUGAGAGGUCAUACACACCACGUUAUUUCUUUAUCAUUUAAUUACAAGGGUAAUUUAUUAGCUACAGGUUCUGCAGAUGAAAAUGUUCGAUUGUGGGAUGUCAAAAAUGGCAAAUGCUUAAAAGUCUUAGCUGCACAUACCCAGCCUGUGUCAGCCGUUGAUUUUUCCAGGGAUGGAACUAUUUUGACUUCCUCAAGCCACGAUGGACUCAUACGUCUCUGGGAUACUGCGUCUGGCCAUUGUCUUUUUACUCUUGUUGGAGCUACAAACACUCCUGUAAUGUACGUACGUUUUUGCCCUAAUGGUAAAUACUUACUGGCGUCGACUCUUGAUGGCUGUAUUCGUCUAUGGGAUUAUAUGAGGAAUGUUUGCGUUAAAACAUAUAAUGCUGAUGGCAAGGAAUGGAAAUAUUCCAGUCCCAGUGUAUUCAUCUCUAGCCCAGGAGGUUCUAUGAUUGCCCAAGCAUAUUGUGAAGGAAAAUUGGGUGUAUGGAAUGUUCAAGACAAGCAGCUGGUUGGUGAGUUGGAACAUUCUGGUUCGGUUUUAGGCACAGAUAUUGACAAGGAAGGUAAGCUUUUAGUUACAUCCAGUAGCUCUGGAACAAUUAAAAUCUGGUCUAUUCGCUAUUCGAGUUUUGGGCAACUCCAGUAG